AUGGGUUUUUGGUGGAUGUGGGUUCUGAAUCAUGAAGAAUCAAUCAAGGAAAAUUUUGAUAAUUCAGAUUGUCAUCGUCCUGAUAUUUCUUUUUUCUUUUUUUUUUGGCUUGCUAUGAAGUCCUUAAUCUUUUUGAUAUUGACAUUCUUCUUCUCCACUACCGGUUUUGUUUCAACUAUGAACUAUAAAGCGAAGGAAGAGACUAUUACAGCAGGAGAAAAGAUCGGCAAGCAGGUUUUGCUUACUAUAAAGAAUUCAAAUGGGGAUUUCAUUGAUUGUAUUGAUAAAAAUAAACAACCUGCUUUCGAUCACCCUCUCUUGAAGAAUCACCAGAUUCUGAGUACUAUGCCUAAGCAAUGGCAGAAAUCAAAGAAAAGUGUAUUGAAGAGUAGUACAAUUAACCAAACAUCUCAAAUUGGAUUAAGAAAUGGGAAUAAGAGGUGUCCAAAAGGCACUAUUCCUAUUGUAAGAACCAAUUUUGCCCCUAAAUCUCAUAAAAAACAACAUUUUUCAUAUCAUCAGCUUAAUGCACAUUACACUCAUGAGCAUGCAGUAGUCAGCUUUGACGCCCCAAAAGGGAUAUACAAGGCACACGCAAGAAUAAACGUAUGGCAACCAUCUGUCGAACGGGACGAUGAGUUCAGUCUUGCUCAAAUUUGGUUACUUGCAGGACCAAAAGAAGAGAGAAACAGCAUUGAAGUCGGAUGGCAUAAAGAUGGACACAAAACAGGAUGUUACAAUCUUCACAAUUGUCCAGGAUUUGUACAAAACAAUGAUGAUGAUGAUAUUGUGAUCGGAGGUCCACUUCCUAAAAUAUCAACUUACAAUGGUGAACAAUAUGAUAUCACUAUUCUUAUAACUCAGGAUCAAAAGGAUAAAGUAUGGCGAUUAAUUGUUAAUGAUGCAGAGGUGGGUUAUUGGCCGAACAGUAUCUUUACUCACUUAAACGGCCCAGCUACUCGUGUUGAAUGGGGUGGCGAGGUAAUCAAUAUGAACAUCGAUAACAUCCACACGUCAACACAUAUGGGGUCUGGCAAAUUUGCCAACAAGGGAUAUGGGCAGGCAGCCUAUUUUCAAAACCUAGAGGUUGCAACUAAGGAUAAUGGAAUUCUCAAAUCGGUUCCAUCCGGAAGCCUUACAACAGGCAUGACCAGGAAACAUUGCUAUAACAUCAUACCUUUUUAUAAGAAAGGGGAGGAAGGCACUGGGUUCCUUUUUGGAGGCCCAGGAUAUAACAUUCCCUUGUGUGUUAAUAAUACUAUGCAAUGA